AUGGGAGAGACUUGGCUGGGCUCCUGAUCUCCUCCUCCUGCAGCCCCACCUCCCCGGUCCCACUUAACUACUGGCCAGGCCAGCGCUGGGGCCACCAUUCUCAUCCCCAUCCCUCUUCACAUCAUGCUCCUCUUGCUGCUGCUUUGCGGGGCCCUGGGCUGUGGGGCAGACCACGCAGACCCGCUCACCUUCACCAUGCUGCAAAGGACCCGUGUCUUCGAGGGCAACUCUCUCUUCUGGGGGAAUGCCAGACUGGAUGGGCAGCUCAGCCAUCUCUUGGAGGGGCUUAACGUCACCCAGGUGCUGCCACUGGAGCCCCCAGAUGCCUGGGCUAGACGACAGAAAGAAGUGGCCUUCUACCUGACCUGCUUCAGCCAGCUGGUGAAGCUCUUCAGCAAGGAGAGGCCCAUCAACUACACCCAGCGUCUGGACUGCCACCUGGGCUGUUACCUCUUCCCCAAUGGCACCACCCACAGCUUCUACGAGGUGACUCUCAACGGGACAGCCUUCCUCAGCUUCCAUGUUCCCAAUGCCACCUGGCAGCGGCGCUGGCCCGGCAGGCAUGCAGUGGCUGACUACGCCCAGAAGGAGCUGAUGAAGUACCCUAUGACCACCCAAACCCUCCAGCAUUUCCUCAACACCACCUGCAUUGGCAUCCUGCAGACUCAGAGUGCCAAGACAGGGAAACAGAGCACUCGGUCUCAUGCCCCACUGGUGUUGGGCCUGAUCCUGGGGACCUUUGCCUUGCUGGGCAUGGCCAUAGGCAUCUUCUUGUGCACAGGAGGGAGCUGCUAGCAGAGCCAAAGCCUCACAUCACCUUGUGGAGGGAGGGGAUGGACCCUAUCGUCACAUCAUCGUUGCCCUGUGGAUUCAGGGAUGAAGCCUGUGCCCCGCAAGGGACGCCUCUCCCCAGCACUGUAGGCUUUGCUCCCAAAGGACACUGCUGGCUUCUGCCCAUUCCCAGCUGGGUUGACUCCCCAGCACCAGCACCAGCACCCUGCCCUAGAGGUGGUCCCUACGCUGGGCUGGCACGAGGCACCGAGACUUAACACGGGACCAUGCUUGGCACAGAUGGAAAAAGCAGGGAAGAGCCUGCGGUGGGAGAGAAGCAAGUGGCAGAAGAAAUAAGCAAGGAAGAGUUGAAAGGAUGGCACUGAAACGCUCAUGUGUCCCUGUUGAAGUGGGGCUAAAUGGCUGGAAAGAGAGGGUGUCACACCUUUGUGGUGCUGCAUCAAGACGUGGUGUAAUAAAUGCCCCCUCAGCUCGCAGGGCACAUUUGGUUGCUCUCAUU